AUGCGUGCUGCGGGGCACCUCCAUCCUCCAGGCGGCAUGGACGUUUACGAGGCCUGGGCACAGACGGGCUCUCAAGGACAAAUUUUCCUGGGUGCUCAACUAUUUGACUGGGUGCUCCAGCCCCGCAGCACCCACGGGAUCGGCGCCUAUGGCCCUAGGAUUCCUUCACCUGUCAAUCAUCUGUUCGCCGAAUCAGAGGGACCGAAGAGGCACGUGCUCCGAGCUCUGUUGGGGGCCAUCGCCGGAGCAGUGGGAGGGGCUUGCUCGUCCUUCUUCAGGUGUUCUCUCCUCCUCACGUUUCCCAUGAUGCUCGGCUCCAGAGGUCGAACGUACGUCCUGUUGCUGCUGCUGUCGCUGCUCUACUCAGGUCCAGUGCAGAACAUCCGUCAUAACGUAGAGGCCUCUGCUCUGAGUUUGUCCUGUAACCUGGACCUCCAGCUGAACCUGAGCCACCUCCUGUGGAGACAAGCUGUAGAUCCAGUGUCCAGGCUCACCCACGAGCUGACGAUCAGCACGACAGACUUGGGGGCGGAGACUCUGAACAUCAGCUCUACGUUCCAGACCUUCAGACAGGAAGUGAUGCGUCAGUACGGAGCCGAGCCAUUAGCUGCCGAUGCUAACCAGGCUAACGACACACUGACUACAAGGACCAUGAUGCAGUGUGAAGACGUGGUGCAGGGGGCGGUGCUGCGCUGCUCUGAUUGGUUCAAUGGGAAGUGGGCGGAGUGUCUGUCCACCGUGUCUGUCCCGGUCCUGAACCAGCUGCUGUGUUUCCCCAUGAAGUUCAGCUUUCUGUGCGACAUCCUGAGAGUGAUGACUCCCUGGUGCACACAGCGCCUCCCUGUGGACACAGACUCAGGACGUCAGUGGGAACAGCUGAACCGAACUAUGGAUCUGUUCAGGAAGGAGUUCAUAGCCAGCGUCCAGCUACAGGUCAGAGGUCAGGGGUCAGACCAGUGUACAACUACAGGUCAGGGGUCAGAGCCAGCGUCCAACUACAGGUCAGGGGUCAGAGCCAGUGUCCAACUACAGGUCAGAGGUCAGGGGUCAGAGCCAGUGUCCAACUACAGGUCAGGGGUCAGAGCCAGCGUUCAGCUACAGGUCAGAGGUCAGGGGUCAGAGCCAGUGUCCAACUACAGGUCAGGGGUUAGAACCAGCGUCCAGUUACAGGUCAGAGGUCAGGGGUCAGAGCCAGUGUUCAACUACAGGUCAGAGGUCAGGGGUCAGAGCCAGUGUUCAACUACAGGUCAGAGGUCAGGGGUCAGAGCCAGUGUCCAACUACAGGUCAGGGGUCAGAGCCAGCGUCCAGCUAAAGGUCAGAGGUCAGGGGUCAGAGCCAGCGUCCAGCUACAGGUCAGGGAUCAGGGGUCAGAGCCAGCGUCCAGCUACAGGUCAGGGAUCAGGGGUCAGAGCCAGCGUCCAGCUACAAGUCAGGGAUCAGGGGUCAGAGCCAGCGUCCAGCUACAGGUCAGGGGUCAGAGGUCAGAGCCAGCGUCCAGCUACAGGUCAGAGGUCACAGCCAGCGUCCAGCUACAGGUCAGGGGUCAGAGCCAGUGUCCAACUACGGGUCAGAGCCAGCGUCCAGCUACAGGUCAGGGGUCAGAGCCAGCGUCCAGCUACAGGUCAGGGGUCAGAGGUACGAGCCAGCGUCCAGCUACAGCCAGCGUCCAGCUACAGGUCAGAGGUCAGGGGUCAGAGCCAGCGUCCAGCUACAUGUCAGAGGUCAGGGGUCAGAGCCAGCGUCCAGCUACAGGUCAGAGGUCAGGGGUCAGAGCCAGCGUCCAGCUACAGGUCAGAGCCAGUGUCCAACUACAGGUCAGAGGUCAGGGGUCAGAGCCAGUGUCCAACUACAGGUCAGGGGUCAGAGCCAACGUUCAGCUACAGGUCAGAGGUCAGGGGUCAGAGCCAGUGUCCAACUACAGGUCAGGGGUUAGAACCAGCGUCCAGCUACAGGUCAGAGGUCAGGGGUCAGAGCCAGUGUUCAACUACAGGUCAGAGGUCAGGGGUCAGAGCCAGUGUUCAACUACAGGUCAGAGGUCAGGGGUCAGAGCCAGUGUCCAACUACAGGUCAGGGGUCAGAGCCAGCGUCCAGCUACAGGUCAGAGGUCAGGGGUCAGAGCCAGCGUCCAGCUACAAGUCAGGGAUCAGGGGUCAGAGCCAGCGUCCAGCUACAGGUCAGGGAUCAGGGGUCAGAGCCAGCGUCCAGCUACAGGUCAGGGAUCAGGGGUCAGAGCCAGCGUCCAGCUACAGGUCAGGGGUCAGAGGUCAGAGCCAGCGUCCAGCUACAGGUCAGAGGUCACAGCCAGCGUCCAGCUACAGGUCAGAGGUCAGGGGUCAGAGCCAGCGUCCAGCUACAUGUCAGAGGUCAGGGGUCAGAGCCAGCGUCCAGCUACAAGUCAGAGGUCAGGGGUCAGAGCCAGCGUCCAGCUACAGGUCAGAGGUCAGGGGUCAGAGCCAGUGCCCAACUACAGGUCAGGGGUCAGAGCCAGCGUCCAGCUACAGGUCAGAGGUCAGGGGUCAGAGCCAGUACCCAACUACAGGUCAGGGGUCAGAGCCAGCGUCCAGCUACAGGUCAGGGGUCAGAGCCAGUGUCCAACUACGGGUCAGAGCCAGCGUCCAGCUACAGGUCAGAGGUCAGGGGUGAGAGCCAGUGCCCAACUACAGUUCAGAAGUCAGGGGUCAGAGCCAGCGUCCAGCUCCAGGUCACGGGUCAGAGCCAGCGUCCAGCUACAGGUCAGGGGUCAGAGGUACGAGCCAGCGUCCAGCUACAGGUCAGAGGUCACAGCCAGCGUCCAGUUACAGGUCAGAGGUCAGGGGUCAGAGCCAGCGUCCAGCUACAUGUCAGGGGUCAGAGCCAGCGUCCAGCUACAGGUCAGAGGUCAGGGGUCAGAGGUCAGAGCCAGCGUCCAGCUACAGGUCAGAGAGCCAGCGUCCAGCUACAGGUCAGAGGUCACAGCCAGCGUCCAGCUACAGGUCAGGGGUCAGAGCCAGUGUCCAACUACGGGUCAGAGCCAGCGUCCAGCUACAGGUCAGAGGUCAGGGGUGAGAGCCAGUGCCCAACUACAGUUCAGAAGUCAGGGGUCAGAGCCAGCGUCCAGCUCCAGGUCAGGGGUCAGAGCCAGCGUCCAGCUACAGGUCAGGGGUCAGAGGUACGAGCCAGCGUCCAGCUACAGAUCAGAGGUCACAGCCAGCGUCCAGCUACAGGUCAGAGGUCAGGGGUCAGAGCCAGCGUCCAGCUACAUGUCAGAAGUCAGGGGUCAGAGCCAGCGUCCAGCUACAGGUCAGAGGUCAGGGGUCAGAGCCAGCGUCCAGCUACAGGUCAGAGCCAGUGUCCAACUACAGGUCAGAGGUCAGGGGUCAGAGCCAGUGUCCAACUACAGGUCAGGGGUCAGAGCCAGCGUUCAGCUACAGGUCAGAGGUCAGGGGUCAGAGCCAGUGUCCAACUUCAGGUCAGAGGUCAGGGGUCAGAGCCAGUGUCCAACUACAGGUCAGGGGUCAGAGCCAGCGUCCAGCUACAGGUCAGAGGUCAGGGGUCAGAGCCAGCGUCCAGCUACAAGUCAGGGAUCAGGGGUCAGAGCCAGCGUCCAGCUACAGGUCAGGGAUCAGGGGUCAGAGCCAGCGUCCAGCUACAGAUCAGGGGUCAGAGCCAGCGUCCAGCUACAGGUUAGGGGUCAGAGGUCAGAGCCAGCGUCCAGCUACAGGUCAGAGGUCACAGCCAGCGUCCAGCUACAGGUCAGAGGUCAGAGCCAGCGUCCAGCUACAUGUCAGAGGUCAGGGGUCAGAGCCAGCGUCCAGCUACAAGUCAGAGGUCAGGGGUCAGAGCCAGCGUCCAGCUACAGGUCAGAGGUCAGGGGUCAGAGCCAGUGCCCAACUACAGGUCAGGGGUCAGAGCCAGCGUCCAGCUACAGGUCAGGGGUCAGAGCCAGUACCCAACUACAGGUCAGGGGUCAGAGCCAGCGUCCAGCUACAGGUCAGGGGUCAGAGCCAGUGUCCAACUACGGGUCAGAGCCAGCGUCCAGCUACAGGUCAGAGGUCAGGGGUGAGAGCCAGUGCCCAACUACAAUUCAGAAGUCAGGGGUCAGAGCCAGCGUCCAGCUCCAGGUCACGGGUCAGAGCCAGCGUCCAGCUACAGGUCAGGGGUCAGAGGUACGAGCCAGCGUCCAGCUACAGGUCAGAGGUCACAGCCAGCGUCCAGCUACAGGUCAGAGGUCAGGGGUGAGAGCCAGCGUCCAGCUACAUGUCAGGGGUCAGAGCCAGCGUCCAGCUACAGGUCAGAGGUCAGGGGUCAGAGGUCAGAGCCAGCGUCCAGUUACAGGUCAGAGGUCAGGGGUCAGAGCCAGCAUCCAGCUACAGGUCAGAGGUCAGGGGUCAGAGCCAGUGUCCAACUACAGGUCAGGGGUCAGAGCCAGCGUUCAGCUACAGGUCAGUGGUCAGGGGUCAGAGCCAGUGUCCAACUACAGGUCAGGGGUUAGAACCAGCGUCCAGCUACAGGUCAGAGGUCAGGGGUCAGAGCCAGUGUUCAACUACAGGUCAGAGGUCAGGGGUCAGAGCCAGUGUUCAACUACAGGUCAGAGGUCAGGGGUCAGAGCCAGUGUCCAACUACAAGUCAGGGGUCAGAGCCAGCGUCCAGCUACAGGUCAGAGGUCAGGGGUCAGAGCCAGCGUCCAGCUACAGAUCAGGGAUCAGGGGUCAGAGCCAGCGUCCAGCUACAGGUCAGGAAUCAGGGGUCAGAGCCAGCGUCCAGCUACAGGUCAGGGAUCAGGGGUCAGAGCCAGCGUCCAGCUACAGGUCAGAGGUCAGAGCCAGCGUCCAGCUACAGGUCAGAGGUCACAGCCAGCGUCCAGCUACAGGUCAGAGGUCAGGGGUCAGAGCCAGCGUCCAGCUACAUGUCAGAGGUCAGGGGUCAGAGCCAGCGUCCAGCUACAGGUCAGAGCCAGCGUCCAGCUACAGGUCAGAGGUCAGGGGUCAGAGCCAGUACCCAACUACAGGUCAGGGGUCAGAGCCAGCGUCCAGCUACAGGUCAGGGGUCAGAGCCAGUGUCCAACUACGGGUCAGAGCCAGCGUCCAGCUACAAGUCAGAGGUCAGGGGUGAGAGCCAGUGCCCAACUACAGUUCAGAAGUCAGGGGUCAGAGCCAGCGUCCAGCUCCAGGUCAGGGGUCAGAGCCAGCGUCCAGCUACAGGUCAGGGGUCAGAGGUACGAGCCAGCGUCCAGCUACAGGUCAGAGGUCACAGCCAGCGUCCAGCUACAAGUCAGAGGUCAGGGGUCAGAGCUAGCGUCCAGCUACAAGUCAGAGGUCAGGGGUCAGAGCCAGCGUCCAGCUACAGGUCAGAGGUCAGGGGUCAGAGCCAGCGUCCAGCUACAGGUCAGAGCCAGCGUCCAGCUACAGGAGGAGCAGCAGGAGGUCCUGGAUGGUCCGGUUCUGGACCAGGUCUUUACUGAUGCAGUUCAGGACUCACUCCUCAGACUCAGUUCUGGAUCUGAGGUCCUCAUGGAACUUCUGCAAAUCGCCAAGUCCUUCACCUUCAUCAUCAUCAUCUUCCAGUAA